UUUAUCAACGUUCAUAUUUUGAUACGCGUAAAAUAUCAUUAUCAUUAUAAUUAUAAAACCCAUUCUUAAACCUCUGGUUUAACGCGGCCAUGGCCACCCCAGAAGAAUCAAAGCUGGAAUUUUUCCUGGAAUGGUUGAAGGUAAAUCGAGUAGAGUUACGUGGCUGCAAAAUUAAGUACUGCGAUUCAACUAAAGGGUUUGGUAUUUUUUCUUCUGAUGGUGUCUCUGAGAAUGAUGGGAUUCUGCUAGUUGUUCCUUUGGAUCUAGCUAUAACUCCAAUGCGGGUUCUACAAGAUCCUCUAUUGGGACCUGAGUGUUCAGCAAUGUAUGAGGAAGGUGACGUGGAUGACCGUUUCUUGAUGAUCUUGUUUCUAAUGCUGGAACGUUUGAGAAAGAAGUCUACAUGGAAGCCGUAUCUUGAUGUGCUUCCAACAACCUUCGGUAAUCCUCUUUGGUUUAAUGAAGAUGAGCUUUUAGAGCUUAGAGGGACCACGUUAUAUCGUGCAACUGAAUUGCAGAAGAAAAAGUUGCAAUCCAUCUACAUUGAUAAAGUGGAAACAUUAGUGAAGAGAUUAUUGGACCUUGAUGGAGAUUCUGAAAGCCAAGUCAGUUUUGAGGAUUUCCUGUGGGCAAAUUCCAUUUUCUGGACUCGUGCUUUGAGUAUUCCUCUUCCACGAUCGUAUGUGUUUCCAGAAAAUCAUGAACCUCAAGAUAGCACUCUUUUGGGCAAUGGGUCAUCCUUGAAUGAUGAGGAGCUGGCUAGCAAAAACAGUGGCAAGAGCCUCGAGCUUAAAGGUGUCAAAAUCCAGGCUGCUGCAAUCACUUCCUCUCCAGUACAAGAAGAGACUGUUUGGGUUGAGGGCCUUGUCCCUGCUAUAGAUUUUUGCAAUCACGAUAUAAAGGCUUCUGCCACAUGGGAAGUUGAUGGAACAGGAUUGACUACUGGAGUUCCUUUGUCUAUGUACCUUCUUUCUGUGGUCCAAGGUUCCCAGUCUACUGAAAAAGAGAUAUCAAUUAGUUAUGGCGACAAAGGAAAUGAGGAGUUGCUAUACCUGUAUGGAUUUGUUGUCGAUAAUAAUCCAGAUGAUUAUCUCAUGGUCCACUAUCCUUCAGAGGCUAUUCAGAAUGUUCCCUUUUUUGAAUCUAAAUUGCAGCUUCUAGAAGCACAGAAAGGUGACAUGAGAUGUCUUUUACCUAGAAUUUUACUGCGUCAUGGUCUUUUUGAAGCAUCCGAUAAACAAAAAGAAAGCAAUUCAAAUGGUACCACUAGUCAUGUUUGCAACUAUAGUUGGUCUGGUCAGCGCAAGCUGCCAUCUUACAUUGGCAAACUUGUUUUUCCCGAGAAAUUCAUGGCUUCGUUGAGGACUAUAGCUAUGCAAGAAGAGGACAUACAUCGUGUUUCAUCAUUACUCACGGAGCUAGUUGGUUCCGGGGGGGAGAGGCAACCAUCUGAUACCGAAGUUCAAGGUGCUAUAUGGGAAGCUUGUGGUGAUUCUGGAGCUUUGCAACUUCUCGUCGAUCUUCUUAAUAUGAAAAUGAUGGAUCUUGAAGAGGCUUCUGGGACAGAGGACGCUGACACUGAAUUGCUUCAGAAGGCCAAUAACUCAAAAGAAUGCUUCAACAAUGGUGCCAAUAUCUCAGCUGAUGAAACGACAUUUAGUAGGAACAAAUGGGCAAGUAUUAUAUAUCGACGUGGGCAAAAGCAGCUCACCAGACUUUUCCUCAAAGAAGCAGAACAAGCCUUGCAAUUAGCAUUGAAUGAGGGUAACUAAAGUUGUCAUGUUGCAAAAUUGGUCCAUCUCAACUCUCGGUUAUUUUUAGUGGGGGAAUGAAUUGUUUUCAUUCAAUUUUCACUCCCUGUGAGUAAAAUUAGGAAUUUUAUUUGGUGAAAGUGUACGAGGCCACCCGCCUAAUUCCUAUCUACAACCUUCUUCUGUAAGUUCGUCUGGCCAUUUAACAAAUAAGUUGAGGACGUUCACUAUGGAGGACUCGAGAACGAUGAGAACCAGCAUUGCAAGUGUUGUCUAAUAUUGUUCACAUUAGAAGCAAGAAAUGUGUUGUAUGACUUUGGGCAGCUCUAUGGUCAAAGAGUGGGAAUUUUGAGCCACAAACAUGAUGUCCAUGAAAAUAACAUGUAAUAGUAUUUCCAUCAGAACAUCUAACAUCAGCACGAUGGAAACAUUUUUGGCACAUUGAAAAUUGAUUAGUUUAAUAUU